UACUGCUAUCCUCUUCUAGCCUAGUACUACUACUACCGACGGCGACUUGGUCCAACCCUGCCCACCCGCCGUCAAUUCCCACCAAAAACUAACCGCCUGCACUUUCAGGGGAGCGGACCCGGCCGACGAGCCACGCCGACGCUAGGGUUUGGUUUCGCCGGCCAUGGACCUGCCUCCGGGCGCCGCUCGCCGCACCACCUACUCCCUCCUUCCCCAGUUCCCCGACGACGCCGCCCCCGCCCCCGCCAACGUCCUGCAGCGCCAGUCCAGCGGCAGCAGCUACGGCGCCGGCAGCUCUAUCUCGACCUCCAGCGACUACCCAUUCCACCUGCAACCCCCCGCCUCGGCCGCGGGGGUCGCGCCGCCUGGAUCGGCAGCGGCGCCGCCCGGGGCUGCUGGCUCUCCCUGCAAGAGCUGGGCGCAGCAGGCCGAGGAGACCUACCAGCUGCAGCUCGCGCUCGCGCUCCGACUCUGCGCCGACGCUGCGUGCGCCGCUGACCCGGGCUUCCUCGACCCAGGCGAUUCAGGAAGCGGGAGGGGCAGCGGUAACGGGAGGGCCUUCCCGCUCGCGCAGCCCGCGCCCUCUGCGGAGUCGCUCUCGCAUCGCUUCUGGGUAAAUGGUUCGCUAUCGUACAACAGCACAAUAUCAGAUGGAUUUUACUUGAUUCAUGGGAUGGACCCCUUCGUAUGGUCACUAUGCACUGAUGUACAGGAAGAGAACCGCAUACCCUCCAUGGAAUCGCUCAAGUCUGUCCGUCCUGAUGAUUCUUCCAUUCAAGCCAUUCUUAUCGAUCGAAGAACUGAUUUUGAAUUAGGUAUGUUGGAGAGUUAUGCUUCCAGCAUUCUUUCCAGUUCUGCUGAUGCCAAAGAUGUGGUAAUCCAACUGGCGAAACUCAUAUCUUCAAGAAUGGGGGGUACAACUUCCAAUGAAGAGAACUUGCUUCAACGAUGGAAAGAGUGCAUUGAGGCCAUCAAGUCAAGUACAGGAUCUGUUGUGCUUCAUCUUGGAAAGCUCCCUAUCGGUCUCUGCAAGCACCGCUCGUUGCUAUUUAAAGUGUUAGCAGAUAAAGUCAGUAUUCCUUGUAGAGUGGUGAAGGGUUGUAAAUAUUGUAAAUCUGAUGAUGCCUCCUCCUGCCUUGUACGCUUUGGGCUUGAAAGGGAAUUCUUGGUUGAUUUAAUUGGGGAUCCAGGCCAACUUACUGAUCCUGAUUCCUUUGUCAAUGGUCCCUACUCACUAUCAGUAUCCUCACCUCUUCAUCCCCCAAAAUUUAGGUCAUUGGAGAUAACUUCAAACUUUGGCUCGGUAGCCAAGCAAUACUUCUCAGAUUGCCAUUCCCUGAAUCUCUUGUUCAGUGAUUCUUCCACAGGUGUUGCUAAUAGCACAGUAGUUUCUCUGGACCAUCCUUAUUCUAGGAAACAUGUUGCUGGGGAUGAUGUUAUGAACAGCUGGGUGCCAGGAAAAGGACAAGCAAUAAUGAAGCCAGAUAUUAUGGUGCCAGAAGCUCCUCGGGAGGUUUUGCCACUUAUUACUUCCUCCAAUGUGAAGCCUGACAAAAAGAAAGAAUUGGUGACUCCGCAGUUGCGGAAUACAGUCAGUGAUCUGUCACUUGCUGCGGAUGAUUUGAUCAUUCCAUGGAAUGAGUUGAUUUUAAAGGAGAAGAUUGGUGCAGGUUCUUUCGGAACAGUUCAUCGUGCUGAUUGGCAUGGAUCUGAUGUUGCAGUCAAAAUACUUAUGGAGCAGGAUUUUCACCCAGAGCGUUUCAGGGAAUUUAUGAGAGAGGUUGCAAUCAUGAAAAGUCUGAGACAUCCAAAUAUUGUCCUAUUCAUGGGUGCUGUUACUGAACCACCAAACCUGUCUAUAGUUACAGAAUACUUGUCUAGGGGCAGUUUGUAUAAACUUUUGCACAGGAGUGGUGCAAAGGAAGUUCUAGAUGAAAGACGCCGAUUAAACAUGGCAUUUGACGUGGCCAAAGGAAUGAAUUACCUGCAUCGACGCAGCCCUCCUAUUGUUCAUCGUGAUCUGAAGUCUCCAAAUCUUCUAGUUGACAAGAAGUAUACUGUCAAAGUAUGUGACUUUGGCCUUUCAAGACUGAAAGCUAACACUUUCCUGUCCUCCAAGUCUUUGGCUGGAACUCCUGAAUGGAUGGCACCUGAAGUGCUUCGAGAUGAACCAUCCAAUGAGAAAUCUGAUGUCUACAGUUUCGGUGUAAUCCUAUGGGAACUAAUGACACUGCAACAACCAUGGUGUAACCUGAAUCCUGCCCAGGUGGUUGCUGCUGUAGGCUUCAAAGGAAGAAGGCUUGAAAUCCCAAAAGAUCUGAAUCCUCUAGUAGCCGCAUUAAUUGAAUCUUGCUGGGCCAAUGAACCAUGGCGAAGACCCUCAUUUGCAAAUAUUAUGGACACUUUGAGACCAUUAAUUAAUAAGGGUCCAGCACAGUUGAUUCGUUCAGAUUCGUAGCCUGUUCUAUACAGGUACGGGAAGAUGUAUUUUACUGAGUGGUCCUGAUAACAUCAAUAUGAGGAGUGUUCUAAUACUGACCUGCUAUAAUUGAAUAAUCCUUCGGAUGGUAUUACUUCAUUCUGAUAAUACAAUUCUCCUCAUAAUCUUUCAAAUGAAGUGUACCUGGCAACUUCUUUCCAUGGCUUAAGGUACAUCACCAGGAACUGUUAGUCCAAGCUCCCCUUGAGAUAUAUGUGGUAUUUCAUUGAUUACUAACUCAGAUUUUUGUUUGGGUUCUUAUACGAAAUAGGAGUUGUCUUGUGAUGGUAUCUCAAUCGUGCCAGAGAAUGCAGCCGAUGCCAGGUUUUGAACAUACUAUGAGAAUCCCCUGGCCAUGCCUUGUAAAUUUUAUGUCUCUCUUAGAUUUCUUUGUACAGUAUGUAACUAUAGGUAACCAUGAAAACCAAAGGUUUAGGCUGACAGUGUUCAGGCCUCAUUUUUUAUACCGCUCCAGAGCGUGCAAAUGCAGUGCCAUAGGUGAUAUCUGUUGUAUAUAUGUCUGUUUCUUCAUCUCUUGUAGUGUAACAUGUCUUGAAAUUUACUUAGGGCUCGUUCGUUUCAGCUGAAUCUUGCCCAGGAUUGAUUCCGGUUGACUAAAGCUUAUUCAAAUUUAUAACAAAUCCAGCCGGAAUAUUUUCAGGGAGUAUGUUUCCCUUCAACUGAACGUGGCCUUAGUGAUGGGGCAUGUACUUCUGUCGAUAUGUACCAUAGGUUGCUGCUGAAGACAUUGCACCAAACGAACAUGAAGCUUUUUCGGUCUCCAUGCAUGCAUAUGCGGGUUCACAUGGAUUGCCAGAUAUUUUGUUCCUGCAGCAGAUAUGUUUGACCUCAUGGGAUAUUUUCUGUUUCAUGGAGUGGUUGUGCAUAUUACUUUCAUCAGUGUAUGCAAGUACUCACAUUGCUUCCACCAUGCUUGCUUGAGCUUAUCUGCCGAAUUUGUUAGCCA